AUGAAGGGACAGUUGCUGGUGGCUUUGGGUCGGGAUGCUGAUAACGCUAUUUAUCCAAUCGCAUGGGCUGUGGUAGGUGUUGAAAACAAGGAUAACUGGUUGUGGUUUGUGAGGAAGAUCAAGGUUGAUCUUGGAUUAAAUGAAGGAGACAGAUACAUCAUGGUUUCUGAUCGUCAAAAGGGAUUGAUUGCGGCUGUGAAGAUAGCACUACCACUUAUUGAGCAUAUGAUCUACAAUGAGGCUGAUUACAGAGCAAACCUUUUGGAAAUAUUAAAGUAUGAUCAAGACGUUUAUGAUGACGUGAUGAAGUCAAAGCCAGAGAAGUGGUGCAGGGCCUUCUACAAGCUCGGACCCUUUUGUGAGGAUGUGGAGAACAACUCAACUGAAUCAUUCAACACCUCAAUAGGUAAAGCUCGAGACAAGCCUUUUUUACCGAUGUUAGAGACAAUUGCUCGACUGGCAAUGGUUCGUAUAGCAAAAAGGGAUGUGAUUGCCAAUAGCCAUGAAGGUCUUUGCACACCGUAUGUGACUGAGAUGCUGGAGAGUUUGCGGGAAGAUGCCUCGGCAUGCACUGUUCGACCAUCCACAAACAUGAUGUAUGCUUCGACUCUUAAUGGAUGUUCAUAUAAGGUGAUCUUCGCAAAUAUGACUUGCACUUGUAGGAGAUGGGAGAUUACAGGGAUUUCAUGUGAGCAUGCAUAUGGAGUUAUGAUGCAGAGAAGGUUAGAAGCUCAACACUAUGUUGCUCAUUGGUUUAGGACAACUACUUGGAGGCAAACCUAUGCUGAAGGAAUUGUUCCAUUGCGAGGAGCAAAGUUUUGGCCCGAAGGACCAGAACCACCAAUAGUUGAACCUGUGAUACCAGAUCAACCAGGCCGUAAGAAGGAGACUAAAGCGGAUAAAAAAGAGGAAGAAAGGAGUGAAUGA